CCAAACGAGUCUGUCAACGUGCGCACCAGCGACACAACCACGACAAGGUCCUGGAGGACGCCUUUCGUCUACGCGAGAGGGUCAGCGGGACUGUGUUUGUAGGUAGAGCGAGCCAACCUAGUGAAGGACGGGCGUACUUGCAUUUUCGAUCUGCUCCUUCAUUGGGAUAUCAGGCGUGGAAGCAUUGUGGAAAACAAAAGUUGAGGUGGAAGGUACAGAGAAAGUUGAGGCCUUUAAGAUCGCGAGCGUAAUUCACUGUGGGUGGCCGUGAAGCUCACCGGUGGAGUGACCAGGCAGCCGCUGACCCUGCUCAUCACGUUGUCCAAGCAUGCGGUCGUAUUUCUUACAGCCACUCAGCUUCAGGGCUCGCUUCCUAUUGGCUGCUUCACACCGAUGGUUUUCUGUCCUAGAUGAAGGUCUGGUUCCUGCUCGCCGUUUCCGUGGCGGUGUUGCACUAAGCCUGCGGCUGAUCUGCAGCCAGCCCCUGGCUGUGCACAAGAAUGGGGUGAAUUGCCACUUCGUCGGUAGAGCUUCAGAUUGCUCGGAAAGACAUCGUUUCCCCUCUCUUCCGUGUGGAGAGCCACCGUGUGGGCGAGGUUCGGAUGACUUAACCGCGGGGCCCACGUGCCCAGUCCGCAUCGCCAAAGUUCGGGCGCCAUAUCACCCGCACUCAAGUCUGCGUGCUCACCGAAAGAUGAUGAAUGUUUUGCAGGUGAAGGCCGAAUGUGAUACAAAGUCUCAUGCAUGGCGGGGCGAGUGUUCGCUCGAGGGGGGUUCGGGAUCGCGAGAUGUCAGAGCAGGCAGCGGGUGCGAGCGCGUCCAUGAGAUUUGUCGUUGGGAUAGCGACGAAAACUGAACCUGGCAGGCAGACGGGUCGUGCUGAAGAUGCGCGAAGCCUUGACGGGAUCUGACUGGAGUUGAGAUGAGAGGUGUGCUGCCCGCGCGCGCCACCGAUCGCUCCACGGC